AAAUGGAAUAAAUAAAAGGAACGAGGAAUUUUUGAAAACAGUGUCAGCUGCGUAAUAUGAUUUGAGCCCCACGUAUAUUUUCUAAUACGUACAUAAUUUCAACAUGUGUGCAAUACAAUUGACAUGUGUGUGCGAGUAUAUACAUUGACCAAGAGGAGAAUUCACAGACGUGUCCAGAGACAAGACGUCGACCGUAGUGAUAACAAGUUUUGCUGCGUGUUAAAACUCUCAUCAAAAAAGGGAAGAAGCAGCAAGUGAGUAGUUUUGUUUUGGGAAAAAAAAUCAAGUGCGUUAAUAGAUUAUCGAACAUGCUCGCUUAUACAGUCACUGUAUUUGGCUUGCCAAGUUCAACAAUGACGUUCACUAGGACUAAGUACGUGAUAAUUAGUGAAGAGGAUUUGUGAUGAAUUUUUCUUAUUUAUUUAUUCUUCUUUUUAAAAGGAAAAUUUAGUGUCGGUUUUUCGUUUUCUUAUUUCUUUCUCUCUCUCUGUCUCUCUAUCUCUAUUGUUGAUUAUCAAAAAAAAAAAGGGAAAAAAAGUUCUUGUCCGUUUAACGUGGAAUGGCAGCAGCCCUAAAAAAGAAUCACUCUCGAAGAAGAUUAGCCGCUGUGACAUUCCUGUCCAAUAUCUCAUUGGAUGGGAGCCAUCGAGACACCAAGUUAGCAUUACUACCAAGAAACGGAGUUAUUUAUCAAGGAGCACUACAGGAAACAACAAUAAAUAAUUCAAUAAAAGAAAAUGUCGAUGGCAAUAAUGGAAAGGAGGAUGUUUUAAAUAAUUCAAAAACAAAUGGUGUUCAACAAAUUGGAUCACCAUUAAAGGGAGUCGAUCGUUGCUUAGGAGAUUCAACAGUUCUUACACCAGCUAAAGUUGCUGUCAACAAUUUCAUUGAAAAUGAAAGAAAUCAUCCACAAUUGUCACCUGGAGCUUAUAGUUCCUUCAGGGAACGAGCUGGAACUGCUGGCAGUGAAUAUUCACUACCAGAAAGGCGAGUUGGAUCGCUUCAUUAUAAGAAGCGGAUAACACAUCAAACUUCAACAUUAUCGGAAGACAUAAAACAUCAUUACAACAGCAGCAAUGAAAGUAUUGGCUCCGUACGAUCGAAAUCAGCUUCUCUCGUUACUAAAUCAAAAGCCAAGACGUUCAAUAGUUUACAAUCGGGAUGCCUGAACAGUGAAAUGAUACCGGAAGUCACUAAGGAAUUACGUUUAAUGCAACGUCCAAUUUCAAAUCAAAAAUUUCGAGACGAUCGUCUUAUUCUUGUUUCAGCGAAAAGAGUUCCAUUUCUCGUAUUUUCCGCAAUUCCAUACAAUAAAGGUCAACGAACCAGUUGGUCGGAAUUGCGAAAAGACGCAGGAAGGAGGAAAAAUACGAUUGGCUCGAGGCCCUUAUCGGCUAUUAAUGAUAACCUAGAUACAUAUGGCUUACUGGGAAUUGAGAGGGCAAAAGACGGACAGGAAAUAUCUUAUGGUCAGUUACUUAUUCCAUCUCGACAAUUUGUCAAGGAGAAAAAAGUUUUAUCCAGUAAUGAAAAUGAUGUCGUAGAUUCUGGUUUUCCAGUCCAGAAACAUCACUUAGUCUCUAGAUAUCUUUCUUAUGAUGCUACUUCUCACAGAAAUCAACAUGUAACAGAAUCUCCGCCUUUAUCACUGACAGUCGACUCGAAAGUUUUCGAUUGGGAUGAACAAAUUUUACAAUACAAUCCAAAUUUACUCGAUGAUCCUGAACUUAUUGCCGGAAAACAUCGAACUCUUCUCACAUUCACUUCCUACAUGGCAUCUGUUAUUGAUUACGUGAGACCGUCUGAUUUAAAGAAAGAACUUAAUGACAAAUUUAGGGAAAAGUUUCCCCAUAUUCAACUCACGUUAAGUAAAUUACGAAGUUUAAAGAGAGAAAUGCGAAAAAUCGCUAAAAUGGAGUAUGGAAUUGAUUUAUUAACGGUGGCAAUGGCAUAUGUUUAUUUUGAAAAAUUAAUUUUGCGCAAUGUCGUCACUAAACAAACACGGAAAUUAUGCGCUGGUGCUUGCUUACUACUCGCUGCAAAACUCAAUGACGUGAAGGGCGAAGUUUUAAAAAAUUUAAUUGAGAGAAUAGAAAAUGUUUUUCGUCUGAAUCGCAAAGAAUUGAUAACAUCCGAAUUUGCUGUAUUGGUGACACUUGAAUUCGGUUUGCAUUUACCAAAUCGUGAAAUAAUUCCACAUUACGAGCGUCUUGUCUAUGAAUCCUGACCUUUCAUCACGUCAUUUGUUUCCGUUGCCAUAGGACUAUUCUCACAGAGAAAAUCAGUUUAGAGUUUUUUUUGUGCUUUCUAAAGAACAAAAAAAAAAGAGAAAAAAAUACAAAUCGAAUUUCAAAUCUUUUUUUAGAGCACGAGACAUUAAAUUUUACGAUACUUAGAGGAAUUUUUAACAAUAUACACAUUUCAAAGUGAAUUUUUUUAUUGCCAUAAGUGAAUAAAUACAAUUUUUUUUAGAGGCCUUUGCUUGAAAACAAAAAAAAAUUGUCAAAGAAAAGAAAGUACAAUUUUAAUGGGACGGGGAAAAUGGCUCGGGGGAAAUAAUCUUUGUACUUAUAAAUUCGACUUUUUCUUCUUUCAUAAUGAUCAAAAAAAAAAAAAAAAAAGAUCGUACUUAAAUGAAAUAGUUUAGUCUAAUUGUACUUAUCAGAAAAGUACCAGAUAAAAUAUAUUUUUGAUGCCUUUGUAAACAUUUUUCAGCGAAAUAACUAUUCUAUAUAAAAUGAAAAAAUUAAAAAUAACUGUAAGUAAAAGCUCUUUAUAGUUUAAGAACUGAUAAAUUAGCUUCCUCUAUACAAAAAUCUUUUUUUCCUUAAAAAAAAACAAGAAAAAUUUAGAACAAUUUCCAAAUAUAUUUUAAAAAAACCCCUUUGGUUUUUAGGAUUUUUAAAAUAUUUCUCAUAAGUAAAAUUUUGUAGCGUUAAAGAAUAAUCAGAAAGGGAAUCAACUAAUUAGAAAUUUAACAACGUUUCAUAAAGAGAAAAAUUUUAGAAUAAUUAUAUUAUAUUUCGAAAAUUCGCUCACUAACGGAUUUUCUACUGAUUGAUUGUGAAAUCGGAAAGUAAAACGAAAAAAGAGUGUUUCUAAUUUAAAAAUAUUUGAAAAGAAAACCGAAAGCGAUGCUUUGAAUGGAGAACAAACUUUCUACGUCUUUUAGUAUCUUUAGCUGCGACAGUUUGAAUAAUGAAGAUUUUUAAAUUACGUACAGACUAUAAAAUGAAACUUGAAAAUUUUCUCGAAUUUUGAAAAUAAAAUUCAAAAUAGUAAAAUCUUUUUUAUCAAUUAUCUAGUCAUUACGUAAUUUUAAAAUCGGGUUUUUUAAUCGUUGGUCUUGGGAGGUUUUUUUUUCUUAAUACAUCGUACCUGUAUAA